AUGGAUGCGGUUUUCACUACAAAUCCACCAGACGUAUUAAUUUAUAUGAGUUGUCGGAAUCAGGAUUUAAGCCACAUACACAAUGGACUGACUUUAGAAUCCAUGGAACAAGAUCAUCUCACGCAAACGCUACAUCUGAACGACGCGGAGUACAACCAGAGGCGAGUACAUUGGUACAAUAAGUCGUUUGUAAACAAGAAGAUAAUUGAACUAGAUGUGAAGGAUUACAACAAUUAUUCACUGAAGGUAAUCGACGAAAUAGUCAAGCAAUUCGAUCCAGCACGAGUCAUAACCUUGGACGGCAGAAAACCAGUGGACGAAUUGAUGGAAACGAUUAAAGCGAAAUUAAUGACGAUGUCACUGCAAUACACAGUGUUACCGAAAAUCGUGCAGUUCCAGGAUAAAUCAGUUUCGUCCGAAGACUACGCGUAUGACGGUACCGAGUUAUUAUUCGAAUCGGAAUCGACCGAGGCGGAAACUGUAGUCAGCAAUGAUGAGGAGCGAGGGAGCGAUACGAUGACCCAAUUACGCGAGGAACAUUUACAACAUAUCAAUGAUCGUAACGAGCAAAUACGUGUAAUGUCUGAAUUCGGUCGUCUGUGCCCCGUGAACUAUUCCAACGGUCGAUUCAUAAUGGGCAGCGACCGUCAUUGUAUGAAGUUUAUGGGAAAAUCGUACUACUUUGCCGGACCCUACGAAAUGCAAUCGUUCGGUAAAUGCCCGAAACAAUUUUUGCAAGUCACAGGAUGCAGAUUACCGAUUAGAGCCAUGUUCUACGGUCCACAGACUUUGACGAAUCCGGCUGCAAAGGCUGUACUUAAGUUCUUUGGUUAUAACCUGAUAGACGUUGGACACUUAACACAGAUACACGAAAAAGACACAAGACACGCGUAUUCGACUGCGAUCGUCGGUUCUAUACUUAACACUGUACGAGAGAUCAUAAGACCCAAGGAAAUUCGACCUAAUGACAUCAGCACUAUGCGAAACGCAAUUGCUGAUUGGACACGGCUGAGGUUUGAUUUUACCGUUCAAUCUGAUUUAAAUGGUACGGAAGACGAAGGAAGUGAAUACGAAAUGAAUGAAGAUUUUUCACAUCAAAAAAAACAAGACAUGAACGAAUUUUUCAAAAAGAGGCAAUUAAUGCGACUAAAAAACUACUUCGAAUCAUAUGACAUAGAUUUUUUAGAUGAUUUAUAUGAAUGCAUUCGUGUUUACGAUGAACCAGAAAGUCUAAAAAAAUAUUUCCAAAAUAUGUCAAAAAAAAAUAGAAAGAUUUUUAGGUCCAGCUUCAUUAAAACAAAAAAAAAUAUUGAACCUGAUCUAAUAAAUGUUGUUGUUGAUAAGGUACGAAUAAAAAACAAGCAAAACAUAAACUGGAUUAUAGUUAACGCACCAUUAGAUUUUGUAUUAGUGAAAAAAUUAAUCGAUGAAGACCUUAAUCCAAUCCAGAUGGUAUUUUUUCAUGACUCUGAUCCAAUGCACAACGUAUUACUAUUGAAUGACGAGAUAUCCAAUAACUAUCGAAAUAACUAUGAAAAGAUUUUAGAAAAUGUCCAAAAUGGUAAAAGAUAUGGAACAGUAGUUGAAAGAAUAAAAUAUCCAGAAUUUGUCAAGAAAACUGAAAACCCGUUAGAUAUUCCAAUAACAGAAGAUGAGUUUUUUGAAGACGAAGUUGAAACUGCAGAAUAUGAGGAAAACGUGGUGUUUGACGUUAAUUUCAUAAAUCACGAUCACUUAAUGGAAAUAAUCAUUCCAGAAAUAUCUGAGCGAUUAAAUCAAUAUACAGAAAAUCUUCUCGUAGAAUGGCAAGCUUUAAAAAACCACAUUUCUAAAGAAACAGCCCAGGCCAUGAAUUUUAAUAUUAUAGUAUGCAAACCCAACUCUACGACAAAUUUGCUGAGGUUAUUAAUCGAAGACACUUUAUACUAUAUAAAGAAGUUUUUGACAGACAAUGUAUACGACCUAUCCACAUCAGAUAUCGAGGACGCUGUACCCACUAGAGGAAAGUAUGAUGGCGAUACUUCCAUCUAUUGCCCCGUUAGGUUUGCAAAAGGUAAACUCUCUAUUGGAUCUAAAAAUCAUAUGGCAGUUUAUCAUAAUAGGUAUUAUUACAUGAGCUCAUCCAACGAUUUCCAAGAUUUUAUUUCUAAUCCUAAUAAAUAUACAUUGUUUACUAGUAUCCCAAAAAUUUACCCUAAACCCAAGGUAUCUUUACUUUUUUCAUUUGGUCUCAGUUCAGUAGAUUUUAUGAACGAAAUACUAGAUACAUUUGAUUUGACCCUUGUAGACUCGUAUAAAGUUUUUAAACAAAAUGUUUUACCAAAAAAUAUGCCAAUGGUGGGUAAAAUGUACGAGGAACCGACGCUUAAGGAGAUUUUGGAUAAAUAUUUUAUUCCUGAAAAUCAAAAGGAUAAUAUUAACAGUCUAAGAAAGUAUAUGGAUAGAGAAAGUGCUUACUUAAAGGACGAAGACUGGUUCAAAAUGAAUUCGAUAUUUUUUCAAGCUAAUGAAGGAAUAUGUUAUACAAAUUACCCUAAACAUAUGACGGAAUUGAAGUAUUUAAAAGAAAAUGAAAUAAAUCCUGAUAUUAUUAUUGAAGUGAAUCCUGAAAGAAACGUUGCAAAAGAACACGCCACCGCAUCAGUCAUUCAAAAUUGGUUAACUUACCAAUAUAUAUUGGUCGACAAGAUCAUUGCGCGGGAUAAUGAGACAAGGCGAAAUUCUGUUAAUAACAGAUCGAUGUUCUUUAAACAAAAACUAUCGGAGUUAGUCAAACAAAAAGAAAUCUACAUACUUAAAAUUCGUUUAGAGCGUAUAAUCAAAAUGAUAGCCGUGGAAACAACGAUAGAUGGACCGAUCGAGGUGAAAUACAUAUGUGACAAGCAGAAUCAACAAUCGGAUAAGUCUGCACUGACCCCCACAACGGAUUUAUUGACCAGAUACUCUGAGAUCACGUUGAAACAGAAAAAAAUCAUCAUUGAUCGCGGAUUGGACGUCAACGAUUUCAUUGAUUUGGACGACUUUGUGACAUUGGACGAAAUCGAAGAAAUGGUCAACAACGAAUUCCCCGACGACAAAUACAUGAUAUCAAAAUGUUUUUCGGAUGGCUUUGCAUUCCCGUCGAACACCAUGAUCGAUCAAUACCUGGACGUGGAGCAGGAUGAACUGGCGGAUAUGAGAGAAUUUUCCCAAAAGUCCAACAUCCCAUGGAUAACAGUGUCGGAUCCGGACUCCCAGUCGGCCGCGAUGAACAAAAUCUCCGAGGUUUUGGGGACGAACACCGACGGGCCUUUUGAGUCGACGUACGAAGUGGAUCUGGAGACUGCUGAGGACAUGUUGCGUGCCGGUGAAGUGCACUUGAGCCAGUUCGGCCGGUGGUGCCCGGUGCAGGCGAUCCGGGAAGGCUCAGCUGACCCAAGUAUCAGAAAGUUCUGUCCAGACUUAGCGGACGGCCACGUCCACCCAGUCGUUCACCGCAAGUAUUUGUAUUACGUGGCCGGAGGCCCAGAGAACAGGGACGAGUUCUCACGGCAGCCUCUGAAAUACGUGCUCGGACAGUCCGGGAUGCCACCGUUGCCAUCGAGUUUCCCGCUAAAGAUUGCGGUGGUCGGGCCUCCUGGAAGCGGGAAAUCGCAAUGCGCUCAAGAACUGUGCGUCCGGUUCGGCCUGCAACUGAUCCGAAUCGAGGACGCCAUCAACUCUUACCUGACGGAGUACCAGUGGACGGACGUAGCAAAAACGGCCAUAGGUACGCUGCGACGGGGUGACGCUUUGUCCGAGGAAACGCUGGCGGAAGUUGUGACCACGGCCACGUUUGGUGGCCUAGCUACCACGUGGGGCUACGUGAUCGACGGGUACCCGAUGACCAAGAAGCAGUUCAAGCUGUUGGACGGCGCCGGCGUCAUGUUGCACGCGGUUUUCGUUCUGCAGGAAGAUGGUCGGCUGGAAGGAAGUCUCGACGAUGACACGGCAUUGUUGAGGCUUAGACGCGGAGCUUGGAGCGAGGUUUUUCCUGGUCUUCCAUGGAUAUGGGCCCGGUACGGGAAUGCUACCAGUUUCGCAGCCACCGACACUGAUGGGAUGGCCGCGGCCGCAUCGGCGUGUGUCCGGUCGGUGCUCGCGUACCAAACGGACGUUCGUUGCAACCGCCCGAGCCGGCUUUACGGCGUUCCGGUAACGGGUUUCGAGUACCAGUGCAGCCUGAGCAUGUACUUGGAUCUGUGCCCUGUGUGCAAGGUAGACUGCCACCGCUUGACCAGGUCACCAAACCCGGUUGCCAUGAGACGUUUCUCGGUACAGUACCGGGCGUACAUCUAUUGGACGUGUGGCCCGGAACACGAGGCCGCGUUCAUUGGUGAUCCGGAUCGGUACGCCGAUGCGGCGCCCGUCAUGCCAUUCCAGCAUCCUGUGGCUACCACCGACAGGCUGCUGUCCCUUAACCCGUUCUUCCGGUGCAAUCUAUCGUCCGAGUAUUGCGUGGUGUGCGCGCUGACGUGCCUGUGGUACCCUGAGUACAAGCGCGGCCUCCCCGAUUUGAUGGUCACCUACGGUAACCGCGCAUACACGUUCUGCUCGUCCCAGUGCAAGCAGGCGUUUUCGCAGCAGCCGUCCUUGUACGAGGGGUACACGAUGCACGUCAGUGGCCCCGAACGGUCACUGACGUCGUCUCCGCAGCCCCUGGACCAAGACUUCAUCAAUGGCCUACCCGUACCGGGCUACCUGGAACAGACCGUGGCCUCUCACGUCAGUUCGGCGCUGGUCGAGCUGUCAGCCAUCAAGCCCGUGUACCCGGGCCUGACGCCCAAGGUUUCUGCCAUGGUGUAUUUAGGUCUGCACAUUGGUAUGAACGGAAGCUGUGACAAAGAAGUGGCCGAGUACUACAGCAACGCUUUCAAACGGUUCGUCGGCACUUGUCAAAGUUUCAAAAUCGAGGCUUUCAAAUUGAAAGCGUUGAUGUGA